AAUCAGUAUAUGAUCUCCUCCCUAAGGAGCUGCAGCUGCCACCUUCCAGAGAACUCUCAGUAGCAUCCAUGAGUCAAACCAGUGGGGGUGAAGUGGGUUCGCCCCCCCCGGGCGUAGUUGCUGCUGCUUCGCCAUUCAGAGACAGGCAUCGUGUGGUGGGUUGUGUGCUAUCAAUAGUGAAGACAAAUAGUACCAGAGACACUUAACCCAUCCAAUCUCACCCAGGGUAUAGGUCGGUCUCGUUUCAGACUUCUUCAUCAGUCUCUCUCCUUUCCUUUUUAUUUUGUUUUAUAAAUAGUGGAUUGACUUAAGUUAACCUCUAAUAAAGCUUUUGACAUUGUAUCAAUAAAUGAAGCUGGAGAAGAUUAAUAAGCCAAAGUUGGCAUGAAGGUAUGGAAGCAGAUUUGCAGCCACUUUGUCUGUGACUUUGACAAUACAAGGUCUGGUGUCCCUCUGUCUUUACUUCAGAACUUCUAACUUUUUCUUCACUGACUCUGGAAAGUCCACUCGCCCAGUAAUUGGGAAGAAUUGUAGCCAACAAAAAGAAAGAAACUAAGAUUCCUAAAGGUUACUUGUAUGGGGAUUGCCUUUGGAAUGGAUCUGCCCUAACCCCUGUUUUAGGGGAUGCGCACAUUUUCUCUUCGGUCUCCUGAACAGUGAAGAGUAUGUGGCAAAUGUCUGCCACGCUUCAUUCAUUGGCUGCUUGUGCACAUAUUGUUUUGCAUGGAAAUGCUCAGAAGGACACCCGAAGCACUGGGCCCUACCCUCCCUAUACGAUGGGAAGAAGCAGUUGCAAUAUCUUCUUAUCGCUAGGCUUAUGCUUAGCAUGUUGAAAAAUCUGGUGCCUCUGAAGGCCUCCCUCUCAGAGUGCCCUGAACUCUCUCAGAGAAUGAAAUGCUAAUGCAGUAAACUAAUGCUUUAAGCUUUGCCUAAAGAUAGCAAUUUUCUCUGUGCCUACCAAAGAGCCUAUGAAGAACAGAAGUUUUUUUUUAUAAAUUUAAGUCUUCCAAGAGGGAAGAAGACUCUUACACUUUAUCUAGCAACUUGAGCAGCAGUAGCUGCAUCUUUGAUUAGGCCAGCUUCUCUGCUCCUGAUUCUUGAGCUCUAAGAUCUCAGUCUCAUUGCUAUAAAAAUGCACUGGGCCUUUAGUCUCUGGAAGGCAGUGAGUGUAUCUGUGAACAAGGCUCAGUACUGUUUAGAAGUCACUCUGGUUCCUUCAUUAUAACACAGAACAGGGAUGAUUCUUUUUGUAUUGUACUAUACUGUUUUGUUUUGCUGUCUGCUUGCCUAGAGGCAGAAUAAUAAUCUGAACAAUGCUACUAAAAUUGCUACUGUGCCUUUUUAAACUACACUGUUUGUUUCAAUUGCGGAAUGGAUAGUAUGAGAGCACCAAGAUCUUUGGAGGAUUUAAUUAUAAACAAUUAACCAUUUAUUGCCACAAUACUCAUAAAAAUAUUUGGCAUAUGUUUAUAAUUGUAAAAAAGGAUUUGGUGGCACUUAGCUUUAUUGAUAUGUAAUUUCGCAUUUCACAAAAUGCAUAAAAAUAACCUGUCGAGCUUCAGUUUUCUUAAUAAUACAAUUUUGAUCCUAGAAACUAACUUAUGCCCUAGAAAUAAUAUUAAACAUUGGAGUGCCCUGUAUACACCUGUAUUUUAACAGUGGGAAAUGAGAUUUCUGAUAACCCUUUCCCCAGAUUCAGCCAAUUUUUGGACAUAAUUCUUCAGGAAUGUCAGGUUUGAAGAGACAUUUUGACUCUCCUGAUUUGGGAUUAAUUUGUUUUUGAAGCUGCUUUAGCAUCAACUGAUCAGUCAAGGUUUUGCUAUUGCAUACUAAACAUGAAUUCAUAUAGAUCUGCCAUAUGAAAAGUGAGCAUUCAUUCUUUGCUGAGGUGCAUUCAGUCCCUUAAAAUGAAGUCUCCUCGCAAACUUCAAAUACAGCAGGAGAAUAUCAGUUCUAGGUUACACUCUUUUCUGCUUAAUCCCUAUACAGGUAGUCCUUGACUUACAACCGCAGUUGGGACUGGAACAGAUCUGUUGUUAAGCAGUGUAGUCAUUAGGAUUUGCCUCUGAAGCAGGGAGUGUCUGCAUUAAAAAUGACCUGUAGUUCUCUGCUUCAUAGAUGCUUCUUCAGCUCCCUCUUCCUCCGUGGGCGGUGCUUGCAGCUCCUUUACCACCUCUUCCGGCCCCACCAUUUACUCUACCUCAGUUACUGACAGCAAAGCUAUGCAAGUGGAGGGCUGCUCCUCAGCCAUGGGGGUAAGUAACCGUGGGGUAAGUGACAAGCAGUUAACCAAUAACACAGUCCAGCAGCAGCCACAGUCCACCCCGAAGAGGCACACAGUCCUGUACAUCUCGCCACCACCAGAGGAUUUGCUGGACAACAGCCGGAUGUCCUGCCAGGAUGAGGGGUGCGGAUUGGAGUCUGAGCAAAGCUGCAGUAUGUGGAUGGAAGACUCCCCCUCUAACUUCAGUAACAUGAGUACCAGUUCCUACAAUGAUAACACUGAGGUGCCACGUAAAUCUCGUAAGCGAAAUCCAAAGCAGAGGCCAGGGAUCAAACCGAGAGAUUGUGAAGAAUCGACCAUGGAUAUCUUUGAUGCUGACAGUGCCAAAGCGCCUCAUUAUGUCCUUUCUCAACUCGGCACGGAGAGCAAAAGCAACUUGAAAGCAGGAAAUGGAAUCUCAGAAGUCCCCAAGGCGACUGGAGGGAAAAAGAGCCCUAUGUUGUGUGGUCAGUACCUGGGCAAAAGUGAAGGCAAAGAGCUGAAGAUCCUGGUACAGCCGGAGACUCAACACAGAGCUCGCUACCUCACUGAGGGAAGCCGAGGCUCGGUGAAAGACAGAACCCAGCAGGGAUUCCCCACUGUCAAGCUGGAAGGUCACAACGAUCCUGUGACGUUACAGAUAUUUGUGGGUAAUGACUCUGGCCGGGUGAAGCCCCAUGGAUUCUAUCAGGCCUGCAGGGUCACAGGGCGGAACACCACGCCCUGCAAAGAGGUGGACAUCGAGGGCACGACUGUCAUCGAAGUGGGCCUGGAUCCAAGUAACAGCAUGACCCUGGCGGUGGACUGUGUUGGAAUUCUGAAGUUGAGGAAUGCAGAUGUCGAAGCCCGAAUAGGCAUUGCUGGUUCUAAGAAAAAAAGCACUCGAGCCAGACUGGUUUUCCGUGUCAACAUCCCACGGAAAGAUGGUUCUGUUCUAACGCUACAGACUCCGUCCUCGCCCAUUCUGUGCACUCAACCUGCAGGUGUGCCGGAGAUCCUCAAGAAAAGCCUGCAUAGCUGUUCAGUGAAAGGAGAAGAGGAAGUCUUUUUGAUUGGGAAGAAUUUUCUGAAGGGAACCAAAGUGAUCUUCCAAGAGAACAUCUCUGAUGAAAGCUCCUGGAAAGCCGAGGCAGAAAUUGACAUGGAGCUGUUUCAUCAGAAUCAUCUAAUUGUGAAGGUGCCACCUUACCAUGACCAGCAAAUAAGUACACCUGUUUCUGUUGGGAUUUUUGUUAUGACCAAUGCUGGGAGAUCACAUGACAUACAACAAUUUACAUACACUCCAGAUACAUCAGCUCAGACUCUGAAUAUGAAUGUGAAGCAGGAAAUAUCCAGCCCAACCCAGCCCUGCUCUUUUGAUGAUGCAGCCAAAGCAAACUCCAGUGGCUGCAAGCUGGACCAAGUAAAUCUUCUCCCCAGUGCCUUGGUAACUCCUCUCAGGCCAAACAGUGUCGUUAAGAAUGAAGAGGCUGCUCCAAUGGAACUUGUGGCUGAGAAAAUGUCUCUUCCUGCCUUUAAUACAACCAGCGCCAUUGGGCAAUCUCAAACAUCUUUGGAGACCACCAUAUCCAGCAUCUUGGGGAAUGGCCCUUUCUCCUCUUCUGCUUCUCAUUUAGCUCCAGAGAGCGAAAAGCAGCCCCUGCAACCAAAGUAUCCUCCUGAGACCAGGUCUACCCUUCAGGCUCCGGACCUGGUGCAGUCUGGCAGUUUUCCAGCCACCGCUGCUCCGAACCAGCUGCAGAACAGCGACACCCUCCUGCAGCAGGCUUCCCAGUUCCCCUUGAGGGAGCCUUCCUCCAGAGAGGCUUUGCAAUCGGAUAGCACAGCCAUGGCUUUGUCCCAGCUGACGGAGGCCCCCCAACAGCCACCUCCCCUUCAGGAGUCCAGCCAGGCACUGCAGCAGCAGAUCUCCUCAAAUAUGUUCUCUUCAGCCGGUGGGGUGAGCCAGCUUCAGAGCACAAUCCAGCAGCUGCAGGCAGGGAGUUUUCAGUCCAGCCCUGGUGGCGGCAACGGCGGCAACAGCAGCAGAAACGUUGAUCUGGUUCAGCAAGUCCUAGAAGCUCAGCAGCAGCUGUCCUCUGUCCUCUUUUCAGGUUCUGAGAGUGAGGAUGUUCAAGAGCAGCUCAAUGUAGAAAUUUUCCAGCAAGUUAGCCAAAUCCAGAAUGGAGUCAACCAGGGCAUGUUUUCUUCAUCGGACACCGUUCACUCAAGAGCGGAAGACCUUCUCCCCAGCCGAACCGAGACCAUGCGCCCACAGCCAGAGACUUCGUUGGCUGGCCAGCAGCAGGCACAGCAGCAGGCGCAAGCGAUGGAAACGUCUGCUGCCAUGGUGAUUGAGAUGCAGCAAGGCCUUUGCCAGGCCCCCAGCCGCAUGCCGUCUGACUUGUUCGCCUCCUCCUCUUCCUCCUCCUCCUCCUCCUCCUCCUCGGGAAAUGGAAGCAUUCAGCAGUCCCCAGUGUACCCGCCAGCUUCCCAUUUGAUAGGUGGGCUGUCAGCAAGCGAAGACAUGCAAAUGCAGUGUGAGCUGUUCUCUCCCACCAGUGUCUCCAGCAAUGACGCGGGUACUCCAGGGCAGCAGCAGCAGGAGCAGGUGCCCACCGGUGGCCCUGCCAUGUUCCCUGCUUCGGGCUCUGCGGAAGGCAAAGAAGCUUCAGAACAAGCCAAACAGAUGCAGAGCACCGUGUUUCAGGCGAUGGUCCAAAUGCAACACAGUGGGGAAAGCCAGGCCCAGGUUGCUCUUUUUCCUUCCUCAGAAGACAUGAUGGCUGCCGUUCAAGGCGCUGGAGCCCAGCAGCAGGGUGGGGGUCUCUUCCAGCAGAGUGGAGAGAUGCUCUCUCUCCAGGCUGGCAGUUUCUUGCCCCCGGCUGCCCAUUCCCAGCCUCAGCUGUUCCACUCUCAGAGCCCCAUUGGGGACACCCAGAACAUCUCUCAGGAGACCUCCAGUUCUCUUUUCCACAGCCAGAAUGUUGCCUCUUCUUCUGAACAGCUGCAGCAGCCCAUGUUUCACUCCCAGGGGAGCCUAGGAGUUGUUCCGGACCAGCAGGCAGGGAGCCUGUUUCUCUCCCAGAAUGCUCUGGGCUCCUCCGUUGUGCAAGAGGAGCAGAUGCCAUUCUUCGCCACACAAAGCUCUCUUUCUCCCUUGCAAGGCCCAGCCAGGACUGAGCAACAAUCCUCCUUCCAGCAGGCCCACCUCCAAGGCCCUCUGCUCACCCAGGAGCAGCACCAGUCGACACAUCAGGGCCUCUUCCAGGCCCAAGUAACUCUAGGCCCCCUUCCUCCCUCUGGGGUUCCUCCCAACCAACAGGGGGGCAUUUUCCAAACUCAGCAUUCACUUGUGGCUCUUCAGAAUAGUGCCUCCACCCAAGAGCAGCAGCAGCAAAACAUGCGGUUCAGCAGUCAGAACACCAUGGGCUCUGUGGCCUCUCAGAAGCCAACACUGCUGUUCAGCUCCAAUCCCAGCACGAUGACCAGCCAGGAGCAACAGCAGAGCCAGCCUCUCUUCCACCCCCAGAGUAGCCUGGCCCAGAGAGGCCAAGAGCAGCAGCCCAUGCAGUUCCAGAGCCAGAGUUCAGGCUCCACCCAAGCUGAGCCACCACAACCGCCACCAAGUUUAUUCCAUGGCUCCCCCCAGAUCCAGCUGGUUCAGGGAUCCCCCAGCCCUCAGGAGCAGCCAGUCACCCUCUUCAUAUCAUCGGCUUCCAUGUCUGCCUUGCAGAGCAACAUCAGCCAGCAGGAGUUGCAGCAACCCACUCUGUACUCCUCACAGAGCAACCUGCCAAACAUCCAGGACACUUCAUCACCCCCCCAGCAGCAGCAACAGCAGCAGCAGCAGCAGCAGCAGCAACAACAGCAGGCAGCCUCUUUGUUUCACAAUGUAUCUGCUGGAAGUUCCAUCAGCCAGCUGCAGAACUCCUCCACUUCAUCCCCACAGACCUCCGGGAUAUUCCUCUUUGGCAUCCAAGACACAGGUUGUGGCCAGCUCUUAACAUCUGGACCGGGUUCUGUGUCAGAGCAGAUGAUGACCCUCAGCCAAGCACAGAAUGAGGCACAGCCAUCUGUCACAGCUCUCCUAUCCCAGCAAAUGUCAGAGAGUCCUCAGAUUUCUUCUGCAAUGACCACCAAUCAGAAUAUGAAGAAGAUUGAUGACUUGCUUGUAUCCCUACAAAAUCAGGGGAACAAUACCAUGGCUGGCUCCUUCUAACAAGUGAGAAAUCCUGCACUGGACAGACUGCAUUAUCUCUGGUGAUUCUGGAGUUUAGCAAAGUAGCAUUAACUCUUCUCUGUUGAAAGAUGGCUGGAAGCAACAUCUUCAUUCUUGCUUUGGAAGAACACCACUCUGGAAGUUCUGCUGAAGUGGGGGGCAAAGCCAGGUUUUGUGUUAUCCAGGCAUGGGUUGGACUGUUAUCCCCAUCCCCAGUUCUGAGAGGGAUGCGGAGUGUGGCUGUUACGUGUCAGCACAAGACAAGAACAUUGGGCUCUCUCUCUCCCUCUCCCGUUCUUUCUCUGGUUUUCACAAUUCUUUGGGUACAUUUCCUGUACCCUCAAUCAUUGACGGUUUCCCAUGAUUUGUGGCCAAGUAUGGAAAUGGUUUCCAUUGAAAAAUGUGGCUUGGGUGGUAUGGCACAAGUCUUCUGUGUAUGCUGUGAAUCCCAUCCAGGAUCAUGGCUUGAUGCUGCACGUGUUGGGUGGUGAAAGUGCAUGUUUGGAUUGGGCUCCGAAGCAGCUGCGGCUCCCAUCAGAGUGGUAGAGGAGCCCUUGGAGUGGGGGAGGUUGGGGGGGGCACCAGGAGGGCCUUGCAGGGAAGGCAGCCUCUGAUCCGGGCUGUGGCUUGCUGAAAGCUGGGCGCAAGUGGCCUCAGUGCUCUGCUGUUCUCCCUUCUCAGAAGGAACCAGUUGUUGGUCUAAGGAACUGGGCUCUUUUCGGAAUCUGCUCUGAUCAAAGGGUGGCUGAUUCUUCUUAAAGCUUCUCACUGAAGUUUCCCACCCUCCUAUUUAAAUGUUCUGCCAUAUACAGAAUUAACUUUUCAGAGGACCAGAAAACCAGAAAAAAGUGUUUGUGGUGAAUGCACGGCAGGAUUUAAGGAAGGAAGAGUAGAGUUUAGGUUGCUUUUGACACCAUUGCCAUUGCUGGGAGAUGGAAGCUCCAUGCUGGGAACAUAGGACCUUCUCUAAGCUCCCUUUUGAACUCAAAGGCGGGGGAGCAGCCUCGCUCCUGCCAGAGGCAUUUGAUAAAAGGCCGGUGCGGUCCAGGCUACGUGAUCCUGGCAGGCUCUCCUGGGGUUCACUGCCUGCAGCCACCACCAGGUCUCUUGCUCAUCCACCACUGCGUGGGGUGUCUGCCACUCCCUGUGCAGCUGUCGCUGACCUCGGGGGGCUGUUUUGAGUAUGUCUCGGCUAUUUGUCUUCUGUGUUGAGAAGAAUGUCAUUUGUCUCCCUUGUGCGCCCGUUGGGGGGGGGGGGCUUCUUUCUCAUGCUGUGCCAGUCCGUCUCUUCUGUUUGUGGUCCAUGUGUUCUGUCCCAAGAAGUUUGGGUUACGUUUUCAGUAGUACAGGCUCUUUUGCCGAUAUGAAGGGAACUUUUCAGAAAGAGACCUACUCGAGGUCAUUUAAUUUUGAAUACAGUUUUCAGUCGUUCAAGUUUUGGAUGGUUUAUAUCUAAUGUGUGUUUCAUUUUUUGGAAAGCUCUAUUUUGUAUUUAGUAAAUGAUAAACUAUUUUGCUAUUUGUACUAGAUGAGUACAUUGGCAUAUAUAUAUAAUAUAAUAUAUAUAUAUAUAUAUAUAUUAUACACCCAUAUGUUCACACACAUAUAUUCUUCUUUGCCACAGAUUUUUGUGGCAAAAAUGUGAGUUUAUAGUCUCUUCUCCCACCUCAUGGUGUCUGGUUAUGGGGGAAAGGGGACGGGUUUGUUAAAUCUUCAUGGAGUGUUUCUGUAAUUUUUGUGGCAGGUGUUCCUUCUUUGUCUGGCCAUUCCAUCAGUGCUGGCUGGCCGUGAAGGCAGCUUCAUGCCCGAGGGAUGGAUCUCCUGCUGUGGGGGACUUGGGAAGGGAGUGAGUCCCUUGGGGCGACUUCUUAAAAGCUGGGAUUUGAUUCCGCUUUUAUUCUCUGUUAAUGUCUAACAUGGCUUUUUUAAUUUAUAACACUAAUACCCUCGGCGUUCCCUCUUUUGUAAGUCCUAUAGAAUCCUUGAACCUAAUUCUGAUGCUGAGAAAGAGACGUGCACACAUGCGGAGGGAAUUAUGGGGAGGCGGAGAGGAGAGUGCAAAAGUCCCCAAGCCGUUUUGCUUUUUUUUUGGGGGGGGGGUGUCACAGUCUGAGAUCAGCUCCUUGUUAAGAGGUCUCCCGUCCUCUCCGAAGGGGGGAUGAGCAGGGGCCGUCUGGUGAGCUGCCUGGGGCCAAUGCUGAGACAUCUGGGACCAAUCCUUCAUUGAACGGAGGUUCUGCUGAUCCUCUUGCCACUUCUUGUGACAUCAGCAUCUGCUGCUUGUGCAAAAUGGUGAAACUGAUACUUUGUUGGUUGGUUUUUACUUUUCCUUGGUCCAAUUUAGGUCAAUAUUUAAAUGUGCAACAUUUCGAAUAUGUUAUUUGGUUACCAAAUGUAUCUUUUUGGAGCAAAGGGGCUGCUCAGUAGCUGGCAGAGGCUGGUCCUACAUCUUUGCUCCUGCUUUCUGUGGGCAAAGGGAACAGAGUAAGCAGAGCUUCCUUUGGCAAGCCCUGCACCUGGCUGCUUCAGCAACCCAGCAUGGUUGCUGGAACUUGCUGCGUUUCUGCACAGAGGCUGCAUUCCCACCUCGCUGUUUUCAGGGCACCGGCACAAGGAAUGUGAGGGACACUGGUGAAUGAGAAGGCUAACAGGGGAGAAGGAUCCAUCUUUUCUUGUGGGAGAUAGUCCCUGCCUUUUACGUCAAGCUCCCUAGCUAAAGCAGGGAUUAUGGAAUUCAUGUGUAGAAUUAAGUAAGGCUUCAUGGUUAUAAGCCCCAGGAAGAAGAUUACAGUUUAAAAGAAAGUGUAGUCUUACUGUAUUUUAACAGUGCAUCCCCUUUAUUAAAGUUUAUAUUGAGAAUUUUCCCAUACAGGUAAUCCUUGAUUUAUGUCCUUUCAUUUAGUGACCGAAGUUACAACAGCACAGAAAAAAAUGAUUUACAACCAAUCCUCGCACUUAACAAUGGUCACACGAUCAAAAUUCCAGCACUGGCAACAGGCAUGCAUAGCUGCUGGUUCCAGCAUCCUGGGCUGAAGGGACGGCCGUUUGAGCUCUUCCCAGCCGGCUUCUGACAAGCAGAGUCAAUGGGGGAAGAUGGGUUCAGUUAACAACUGUGUGAUUGGCUUGACAACCAUGGCAGAAAAGGUGGUAACAUCAGGUGUGAGUCACUGAACUAUUGCCAUUCUUAGCAAUGGAAAUUCUGAUCUCAGUUGUGGUCAUAAAUUGAGGACUACCUGAGAAUAAAAGACAAAUUGAAAGAAAAAAGAAAGUGCAGGAAAUGAAAAAGAAAAGAAAAGAAUUUAAUGACUUUUCAGCAGAUAGUUGGUUUAAUAAUCCCUCUUUAGAUAUAUAAAAUAUAUAAUCCCUCAGUCCCUUAUUUAACCCACACCUAUCUUAAUCUUCAAACCCAUAAACCAGUUUCAUUUCUUCUUUCAGCAAGAAGUCCAAAAGGUAUCCAAUCAUUCAAAAAAAGUUUUUUUUUCUAUGACUAAAUACUGUAGGUCAGUUUUACCGUUUCUGCAAAUCCUCACAUUUUCACAAUCCAUCCCUCCACUGUGGGGAUUUCAUUAACCUUCCAUUCCAUAGUUGUGCUCAUGAUAAUCUUGCUGCAAUUACCAUCGGUCUACAAUGAGUUUUUCCAAUUCAUUUUCCAUAAGACUAAUAGAGUUCUAGUUUCUUUGAAAUAGUAAUCUUUUUAGAGUCUUUACAUCAUUGCGUGAAUUUGUAUCCAAAGUUUUAUUGGCUUUUUCACAAGUCCAUCAUGCAUUAUAAAAUAUCCUCUCGUGUUUUUAAUAUUUCUGACACUAUUUUGAAAUAUUUUUAUAUUUUUUGAUAACUUUCCUGGUGUCAUAUACCAAUAAUACAUCAUUUUAUUUUAAAAAUCCCUUAGAUUUAUAACAUAAUGUAAAUUUAACACCAAUUACCCAGUUUUUCUCCCAAUAGGACGGUAUAAAAAUCUAAUAAAUAAAUAAAAUAAAUAAAUAAAUAUCGAUCUCUGUUAUAACCAAAAUUAACAGACCAACCAUUUUGUCAUGCAAUCUUCAACUUACUCAUCUUCUGUUUCAAAUCUUAAGAAAAGUUUAUACAUUUUUCCUAUUAUCCUAAAGGUACUUUUUUCAAGAGGCAACUGUACACCAGAAAGUCUGGCUACUUCUUGAAAAAGCACCUUUGGGACAACCGUGACCUGGGUGACUGAGAAUCUCCAUAGAUUUUUCUAUUACAUAUUCUUCAUUUCUGUACAAUUCAAUUUCAGAUUCAAAUUCCAAUUUAUAUUUCUCAGUUCCACUUGUCUUUUUAUCCACAUUAACUGUAUGUAUCCAAACUAUUGAAAGCUAUAUCCCUCUGAGAUCAGUUGUUAGCCAUUUCUUCAUAUAUGCUGCUGGUGUUCUGUAGAAUACUUCUUUGCUAAAAGUCAAUAAAGGUAUCUUCAGGCACAACCUGUAUUCAUAUUUUUUUCAUAUUCUCAAUGCAUUAUUUUUCACAUUAUUAAAAUCCACAUUAAUGUUAUGCUACAAUAAAAGCCUACAGCAAACAAACCUCAGAUUAUGACCCUCCAUUUCAAACAUUUAGCAAGACCCAUCAUUUCAUCCAAAUUAAACAACAGUGCGAAGUAUAAAGUCAAGCAAUCCUAAUGCUCCCUAUCUUUUGCAUCCUACAGAAUUUUACCUGUGCUAACCCUUGAUUUUUUGCCAUGCCACAUAAAUCUAGAUAAAAUUAUUUGCUGCUGUUUUAAAAAAGCAUUUUUCAAAACCAGGAUUGUUUGAAAUAAAAACAUUAUUCUAAUUAAUAUAUUUGUUCUCACAGAAAUUCUUCAAAGCUGUGCGAGUUGCAGCUUCUCCUUUCUUAGUUAAAUGUGCCUUAAUUUCAUUUCAUAACUUGAUUAUGUUCUUACCUUGAAAGAAUACACAAUUCGUAUUAAACAUAGUAAUAUCUAAGUAGAAAGCCAUUUGCUGUAGUGAUUAAGAUUUCUGCCGAGAAACCUGGAGAUUGUGAGUUCUAGUUCCACCUUAGUCAAAAGCCAGCUAGAUGACUUUGGGUUAGUCACUCUCCCUCAGACCUCGGGAGAGACAAACCACGAAUGAAAUCUUGCUAAGAAAACUGCAGGGAUUUGUCCAGGCAGUUGCCAGGAGUCAAGACUGACUCAAAGGCAUGCGCAUACACACACAAACCUAUUUUUUUUCUCAGUCUGAAAAAAAACCAAUAGUCACUCACAGGUGGGAAUGGCUCCUAAUCUUUGCAAGCAGCUUCUGAUUUAGCCAUAGCAAGCAGGCAGUUUCCCAAAGGACGAAAUUCUUUCUCAGUUAGACUUCUGCAUGUCCUGAAGCAAUAACCAGGCUGAUCCUCCCUUCCCCUCUGCCAUAAAUGCAGCAGCCGGCUUAGGCUGUUGCAUUUGGGCUCUUCCGUGGGAAUGGAGUCUCCUUGGAACCAAAAGCUUUGUGAAUGCUGGAGAGGUUGUCCCUGCAUCUCUCCGCCCCAGCUUCCCCAGAGCGUUGGUCACCUUGCAAAGGAAGCUGCGUGGAUCAUGGGAAACAGAGGCUCCAGGCUUUGCCUUCUUCCAGUGUCCCCCUACUUUCCUUCCUCUUAUUUCCUGCGUUCCUGCUUUGCUUUGGGCAGGACAGAGAUCAAGCAGCCAUUGAGCAGCUCCUUCCGGAUCCUGCAAUGUGAAUGUAAUCUGAUUUGGCCCAUUGUGCAUUUGUGUAUCCCUGGCUUGUGUCGGUGGGUUUCUCAGAGCACUGAUAACCAAUUUUCAAUUUAUUCUAUUGAAGGGGCUGGGGUGGGGUACUUUGUUUGCAUUUGUUUUUUUAGCUCUUCUGUGAUAACUUGUUGGAUAUUAAAGAGAUAUUUUGCUUCAAUUGGGACAUUUGUAUACUUGCAACUAUAUUUCUGUACACAGCUGCAGUCCAGAAUAAAACUUUGAAAGUUUUCAUUUCACAGUGUAUAA